GCAAAAGUGCAAUCGAAUCGUUAGAAAAACAGCUGAUGGCGCACAGUAGAAUUAAAAAUAAACAUAAUUGAUUUUUUGCCCAAAAAUAUACAUUGAAGCGUGGGCGCUUUUACCUGGUUGUGCUGCUGAUUGACUGACAUCUAGAUUCUACAGACAACUAUGGGCUCCGAUGACCAGAGUGCCGGCGACCGGAUCCACAAGGGAUUCCAGAUAAAUUAUAUGAUCUUGCGAGACGCCGACAGCGGAAAGGUCAUAUGGCAGGAAAACAAGGAUUUCUCGGCUCCAGACGUGGAGCAUGAGGCACGUGUGCCAGUGAAGAUCCUGGACAUGCGGGCGGUGUCGCGUGAAAUAAAUUUUAGUACCAUUGAGUCGAUGGAGAACUUCCGACUUGACCAGAAGGUGCUCUUUAAGGGCCGCAUCAUGGAGGAGUGGUUCUUCGAGAUGGGCUUCGUGGGAGCAAACACCACCAACACCUGGCAGUCGACCAUCGAAGCGGCUCCCGAGUCGCAGAUGAUGCCCGCUAAAGUAUUAAAUGGUAACGUGACGAUCCAAACCAGUUUCUACGACAACGAGACACUCAUCACCAAAUCGGUUGUGCGCUUGUACUACAUCUAAUAAAUCGGCUGAAUCACCUGUCCACUCCCACGCACCUGGUGGAUCUUCUAACAAUCGAAUGUUGUGGACAUUCUCAUCCUAGAAACACUGUGGCCGCUAGGGUAGUUCGCUUUGGAAUAAUUCAGCAUUUCAAUGCAAUUGUUAGUGCGUUUAUGAACUAGUUAUAGUCGAAUGCAUUUUAAUCUAAUUUUACACAACGCCUACUGUAUGUAUUUAUUAAUAAACAACUAACGAAUUAACAUCAAAA